GAAAAACCUCGCUGUUAUGGAAACCAGGUAUCCCUCCAUGGCUGGUCGUCGUUCUUACGAGGAUUUUGAUCCCCUCUGCAAAUGGCGUAGAGAAGAAGGCCGUGACAUCCUUGAAGUUCAUCUUCCUGGAUUCAGGAGAGAGCAAGUAAAAGUUCAGGUGAAUCAUCUGGGUUUUAUAAUAAUAAGCGGCGAGCGAGCAUUAAUGGAUGGAAGCAGAUGGAGGCGUUUCAAGAAGGAAAUUGAAAUUCCAUCUCACUGUAAUGCAAACGCUAUCAAUGCCAGAUUCAUGCAGAGCAUUCUCACGCUGGUGAUGCCCAAGCAAGUUAAUCCAGUUUCUCAUACGGACCCACAAAGGCCAGCCCCAGAAUACGAACGACCCCAUAAGGAAAAAGAUACUACUGCAGAUCCAAGAAUGGAAUUUACAGGAAGGAACAGGACGAGAGAAGAUACUAAAGUCCAAUUCACACCCAGCAAUGAGAUAGUAAAACAAGACAUGGACGAGUCAGAGAACGAAUUUGAAGGAGAGACUGAUGCAAAAUUAACACCCGAAUCAACCAGGGAAGUCGCUCUCAAAGUCUUUCUCGUCGUCAUUCUCGUACUUCUCAUCGCAAGUUAUGUGACAGACAUGUGCAAAAGCAUGGUCGCCGAUUCUUAUUUUCUCAGUUAAGCCAUAUUCUCCAUUGAAGUUGUGUAAAUUAAAUACAUAUAUAAUCACUACUGAACAUCAUGUAUCCUAUUUCUUUCAAGACA